AUGCUGCGGCUUUGCCGGGGUACCCGCCUGUGGACAUCGGCCUUCUGUCUGAGCCUAGCCUACCCCUGCGUCAGAAUCCAUGGGAUGUUGAGGGGUCAGAGUCAAGACCGUUUUCCAGUCGCGGAAGGAUGGGAGGAUUCAUUCGUCGCGUUGCAAACCGGAAAGAAUAACGGUCCGCCCUUGUCCCCAUCGCAUGCAGCUGGGCGCCUUGGUGACGAUUCUUUGCACGAAGGGGACCAGCAGGAAACACUAAAUAAGACUUAUGUUGACCAGCGCGACGCUGCACCAGGUCGAGAAGAGCGAGAAUCCCUCGGGAAAAAGUUUCCGACGGUUUGUUUGGCUCUCAUUGCAAAGACUCGUGCAGCUACCGAGCUGCUCGCCAGAGUCAAGCACUUGAGUAUGCAGCACUCGUCGACCAUCUUCAGCCUGCGCUACUUGGUGGUGGAUGACGCCGCUCUUUUCAUCGCGGCAGAAUCCCUGGUGCACGAGAAAUAUCUCGAGGAAUGGUUUGCAGUGAACCAUUCAGACGCUUAUGAGCAAUCUGUCAACUUCACUGCUGCUUGGGACAGCUCAUUGCGGCUUGAGGGCGAGAGGGUGGGGCGUGGAUCCCUGGACGAUGGUUUGGCUGUGAAGGAAUUGGACCAUUACUUUGCUAUCGACCAAUGUAAUGCAGACUACGUGGCUAUCCUGGAGUCAGACAUGAUCGUCUCCACGCAGAAGGGGUACUCCUGGAUCAGUGAAGGCAUUCAGGCACUCCAAGAUAACGAAGACUUGAUUCUUGUCAUGCCGGCCUUCCCAGGCAUGUCCGAGCGGAAGGUGAAGUUUCACCCAACCACCAGGCCGAUCUUGAAGUCAAGGAAGGGGAAGUUUGUGGGCUCUGUAGGACUUGUGGACACGACCUGCGAACAUCCCUUCUCCUUGCCCGGUCACGCCUCGCUGCUGGACCUUCGUCGCUACAAGCAGCUCCAGCUCGCGUCGUUUGGCCAGAUUCUGGAGCAUCGCUGUGGAGGUGCACUCGUUCACGGGAAGCCGUGUAAAAAGAUGGCCUACGUGCGAAAGUGUGGGGGCACCCGGAGCUGGGCAUCAGCUCUGGAAUGCGUGAUUUGCAACAGUCCGGCUUUCAGGCAGGCACAUCUGGCUGAGGAGAAACGGGGCUGGCUGUGGUAUGCGCCGAUGACCGUCAUGCGCCAUGACAUGGGCGGGCUUCGAGCCGAAAUCAGCAAAGCUGAGCUUCAGCACUAG